AUGUUCAACCGCAGCGCCAAAAAGAGACAGUCCAGCCGGUCGCUCACUGCGCUAGAUGACCCAGAAAGAGGACAGCCUUGCAAUGUAUGUGGUGAGCAGUGUCCCGGCUUCAUUCUGCACAAAUGGAGGAAGAUCUGCCUCCACUGUAAGUGUCCACGAGAGGAGCAUGUUGUGACCGCCAUGCCUCUAGAGAUGGAGAAGACCGUCACCAAGCUCAUGUAUGACUUCCAGAGGAACUCCACGUCUGAUGAUGACUCUGGCUGUGCCCUGGAGGAGUAUGCCUGGGUUCCCCCUGGCCUCAAACCUGAACAGGUGCACCAGUAUUACAGUUCCCUGCCUGAGGACAAAGUGCCCUAUGUGAACAGCCCUGGAGAGAAAUACCGAAUCAAACAGCUUCUACACCAACUGCCCCCUCACGACAAUGAGGUGCGUUACUGUAACUCUCUGGACGAUGAGGAGAAGCGCGAGCUUAAGCUCUUCAGUAACCAGCGGAAGCGAGAGAAUCUGGGCCGUGGGAACGUGAGACCAUUUCCUGUGACGAUGACCGGAGCGAUCUGUGAACAGUGUGGGGGACAGAUAAACGGUGGAGACAUAGCAGUGUUUGCGUCACGGGCAGGUCACGGAGUGUGUUGGCACCCACGAUGCUUUGUGUGCAGCAUGUGCGAUGAGCUGCUGGUGGAUCUCAUCUACUUCUACCAAGACGGCAAGAUCUACUGCGGCCGGCACCAUGCCGAACGGCUCAAACCUCGCUGCUCUGCCUGUGAUGAGAUCAUUUUUGCGGAUGAGUGCACGGAGGCGGAGGGCAGGCAUUGGCACAUGAAGCACUUCUGCUGUUUUGAAUGUGAAACGGUGCUAGGGGGACAGCGUUAUAUUAUGAAAGAGGGUCGACCCUACUGCUGUCACUGUUUCGAGUCCCUGUACGCAGAAUACUGCGACUCCUGCGGGGAACACAUAGGUAUAGACCAAGGUCAGAUGACGUAUGACGGUCAGCACUGGCAUGCCACCGAGGCCUGUUUCUGCUGUGCCCGCUGUAAGAAGUCUCUAUUGGGUCGUCCCUUCUUGCCCAAGCAGGGCCAGAUCUUUUGCUCGCGGGCCUGUAGCGUGGGCGAGGAUCCGAACGGUUCCGAUUCCUCCGAUUCUGCCUUCCAAAGCGCCCGUUCGAGAGAGGCUCGCCGUAGCAGCUCAAAAUCCAACAAGAGCAGCAACACGCAGGCCGGGAACAACCGCUACUCCUCUGACGUGGACCCGUUGUCCCUGCAGAUGGAUCUUCUGAGUCUGUCCAGUCAGACACCCAGCCUGACCCGAGAUCCCCCAUCCUGGAAGAGCCAGGUCGAAUCCUAUGGCUACGAAGGCCGAUCGGAGAGCUCUGCAAGUCCCAUGCAGCUCCUUAGCCAGUGUAACAUCAGGACUACCUACAACCCCAGCCAAGUCCCUACUAACCCUCCAGACCAGAGAGCUAAGGAACCUUCGGGCACCAAGCGACCCCCCGUUUCGGCCCUUAAAGGACAUUCACUCAAUGACAACUGGUUCCAGCAGGCUCCCGAGGACUAUUACCCCUCUAAACUGAAAAGUCAGGCCAGUUUUAAUGAGGUUCCCCAUAAUGGUUUCAUGGAUAAGAGAUCGGUCAGCCUGCACGUGUUCCAGAGGGAGAGGGAAGUGAGGCCUCAGGUGGGCCGCAGCAGAGACCCCAUCAGUGCACUUAGCUUUACUGAACAGCUUACUCCACUGGAGCAAACACCCAGAGGCUCUAUGGAGUCAUUGGCUCUGUCUAACGCAACAGGUAAUUCGGCAGAUGGAGGAAGUAAACGCCAAGAGCACUUGUCUCGUUUCUCCAUGCCAGACCUGAGCAAAGACUCUGGGAUGAACGUGUCGGAGAAGAGCAACAUGGGCACGCUGAACUCUUCCAUUCAGUGCCGUAGCUCCGAGUCCCUACGCAGUCUCACGUCUGUGCAGCCUUAUAUGGAUCUGGAUCCUUCUGUGCAGGCCCAGUACCCCUUACAGUACCAUGAGGCCCCAAGCCACGGUGCACUACCCCCGGGCUUUGCUUAUCAGGAGGAAGAUCGCGUGAGUUUGGUAAGCGAGGCCAAUAACGCUCGGCUGCCCCCUAUGAGCGAGAGGACCCGUCGCCGUGGGGUAGACCCGGAGGAACCUCGCCGAAGACACCACCAUCACCACCGAUCCCGUCGAUCGCGGCGAUCCCGCUCGGACAACGCCCUGCACCUGGCUGCGGAACGUCGACCCCCCGCUCAGGAGAGACCUCAGCUUCGUGUGCGGGAGGACUACGACCAGUUCCCCCUGCCCCGUGGGGCACGGGACCCCUUCAGCGGCGGGAGGUUAAGACAGCAGCCGUUCAGACAGUGUCCCCGGACCACCUCCGACCUAACGCUUCAGAACCCCACUCCUCUCCGCCAGCAGGGCCGCUACGGUUGGGAUGAGUACGGAUACGACGAUGACUGGUGUUCCACCUGCUCCUCUUCCUCGGACUCGGACGAAGAGGGCUACUUCCUUGGCGAGCCGAUUCCUCGCCCGGUCCAACUACGAUACUUGACCGGGGAGGAGCUCCUACAUAAGUACAGCUCCGCCGGCUUGGGCGGUCCAGCUCAGCUCUCCGGCCGCGGACAGCUGCACACUCGCAAACGCAGGAAAAGCAAGAACUGCAUUAUAUCCUAA